UCCAGGGGCAGAAAAAACAAACAUUUCCCCUUUCAACUCUUUUUGAUUUAUUUGGACCUUAAAAAUAUUAAAGCAGGCGCGAGUCCGGCCCCCGCCAGCCCGCAAGCCACCCGCGAGCUCACACCGGCUUCUCUCUCUCAUCCUCUGGUUGCGGGCGCCAUCGCGGUAGUGCUGGGAGCCGCUCUCCGCCGCUGCGCUGUGGCUGCAACCGCCCGGGCCGGCCCUCGAGGCCUCCUGCACUACGCCCCGACCCCCGGCCCCACCGCGGCUAUCCAGUCAGUUCGCUAUUAUUCCCAUGGGUCAAAAGAGACAGAUGAGGAGUUUGAUGCUUGCUGGGUAACAUACUUCAACAAGCCCGAUAUAGAUGCCUGGGAAUUGCGUAAAGGGAUAAACACACUUGUUACCUAUGAUCUGGUUCCAGAGCCUAAAAUCAUUGAUGCUGCUUUGAGGGGAGACAGACGGUUAAAUGAUUUUGCUAGUACAGUUCGCAUCCUAGAGGCUGUUAAGGACAAAGCAGGACCUCAUAAGGAAAUCUACCCCAAUGUCAUCCAGGAACUUAGACCAACUUUAAAUGAACUGGGAAUCUCCACUCCAGAGGAACUCGGCCUUGACAAAGUUUAAACCCCGUGGAUGGGCUUCCCAAGGAUUUAUUGAUAUUGUUACUUGAGUGUAAGCAGUCACCUGGAAAUACUGAUGAUAACAUAUUACCUUAUUUGAACAAGUUUUCCUUUAUUGAGUACCAAGCCAUGUAAUGGUAACCUGUACUUUAAUAAAAGGGAAAUGAGUUUGAACU